AUGGAGCUAUCGAAAGUGUUCUACGUCUGUACAUUGCUUUCUUUCCUCGUGUUACAAUGUGUUCUGGAAGGUUCAAGUGAACAGAAUGCAUUUGAAUUACCAGUGCAGUUAGUGGGCUUUCCAUUCAUUAUAAUGGCUGUGAAGGUGACAAAUUUCAUCAAGAAACUUUCAUAUGCAUUGAGUCCAGCUACAUACCGCUCAAGAAAUCGCCGAGAACUCGGUUACGUGGGCGAAUCCGUUGAUCCAUUUGACCCUCAAGAAGUUGAGAAGUACAUCGUUGCGGAAUUCGGAAACAAAGCCUGCGUGUUUGAGCGAAUCUGUGCUCAUUACGCUGUACGAGCGCGGUCUCAACCUCGCACACAGUUGGAUUGGUCUGAUGUUUUUAGACAAUACAAGCGAUCUCAAGACCAAGCCAAAGAACUGUAUCUCUUAAGCGUGUUCCUCGGAGAUAUCGUCGGAUCACCACAACUUUGUCAUCAGCUCGGAAAGAGGAGGCCGUGUGAUGAGAACCUUCUGGGUAGUUCAUAG